ACGUCUUUGGUUUACGCACCGCAGUUGCUGUCCGUCAUUAUGAAGUUCCUGGUCGUCCUUUUGGCAGUGGCCUCCUUGGCCCAUGGCAAAGUGGUUGUCCCCGACAACCAUACUGCCUUUGGAUACCUGAAGAACUCCAUCGCCGAGGCUGAGAAGAUCCGCGUGAGGGAGGAGCAGUACUUACAGCAACAGAGAAUUGUCGGAGGUGUGCCCGCUGGCUUGGGACAAGUCCCCUUCCAGGCUGGUCUGCUCCUCGACGUCAUCGGUUUCGAAGGCAGAGGCGUGUGCGGCGGCUCUCUAAUCAGUGCGAACCGCGUGAUCUCCGCCGCCCACUGCUGGGCUGACGGUCAGAACCAGGUCUGGAGGGUCGAGGUCAUCCUCGGCUCGGUGACCCUCUUCACCGGCGGCAACAGGCAAUUCACCAGCGUCUUCAUCAACCACCCCAGCUGGUUCCCUCUGUUGGUCCGUAAUGACGUCGGUGUGAUCUACCUGCCUACCAGCGUUACCUUCAGCAGCACCAUCGCCCCCGUGUCCCUGCCCCAGGGCGCUGAGCUGGAGGAGACCUUCGCUGGCGAAUCCGCCAUUGCUUCGGGCUUCGGACUCACCGUUGACGGUGGUUCAAUCAGCUCCAACCAGUUCCUGAGCCAAGUCAGACUGAACGUUCUCAGCAACAGCGUGUGCAGAUUCGGCUUCCCGCUGAUCCUGCAAGACAGCAACAUCUGCACCAGCGGCAUCGGCGGCGUCGGCACCUGCAGUGGUGACUCUGGCGGCCCUCUCUACAUCACCAGGGGCAACAGGAAUGUCCUGAUUGGUGUGACCUCCUUCGGUCUUGCCCUGGGCUGCCAGGUGAACUUCCCCGCUGCGUACGCGCGUGUCACCUCCUUCGUGCCGUUCUUCAACGAGCACCUGUAAACAACAUCUUAAGUGAUGACAAAAUAACACCAAAUAAUUAUAACCUAACUACAGUCAGUGAUUUACAAAUAAAAAUCAAAGUUCAA